AUGUGCGGAAGGAUUUUUACGGGCGAACUAUUAAACCAAUCUGUCAAGCUCGAUAAUCAUAUUGUUGUGACCUCUGCCAUUCUAUCUAUCUAUCUAUCUAUAUAUCUAUCUAUCUAUCUAUCUAUCUAUCCCUAUUUGUUUGUUUCUAUCUAUCUGUCUAUCUAUCUAUCUAUCUAUCUAUCUGUAGCCCUAUUUGUUUGUUUCUAUCUAUCUAUCUAUCUAUCUAUCUAUCUAUCUAUCUAUCUAUCCCUAUUUGUUUGUUUCUCUCUAUCUGUUAAUCUAUCUAUCUAUCUAUCUAUCUCUAGCCAUAUUUGUUUGUUUCUAUCUAUCUAUCUAUCUAUCUAUCUAUCUAUCUAUCUAUCUAUCUAUCUAUCUAUCCCUAUUUGUUUGUUUCUAUCUAUCUAUCUAUCUAUCUAUCUAUCUAUCUAUCUAUCUCUAGCCCUAUUUCCCUAUUUGUUUGUUUCUAUCUAUCUAUCUAUCUAUCUAUCUAUCUAUCCCUAUUUGUUUUUAUCUAUCCUGAUUAAUUUUAUUCUAUCUAUACCGAUUAAUUUCUUUCUUUCUAUCUAUCUAUCUAUCUAUCGCUGUUUGUUUCUAUCUAUCUAUCUAUCUAUCUAUCUAUCUAUCUAUCUAUCUAUCUAUCUAUGUAUAUCAACAUUUAUAUAUCCUUAUGUGAAUGUAUAUCUAUCUACUUAUCGAUCUGAUUCUGUGCAUAUCUACCUAUCUCAUUCUUUAUCUAUCUAUCUAUCUAUCUAUCUAUCUAUCUAUCUAUCUAUCUAUCUAUCUCAUUACGUGUGUAUCUAUCUAACUAUCUAG